UCUUUCCUCCGCCUUCCAUCGCUUUAUGCCUCACAUUUAUCAUGAUAAAAUACACUAAAUUGUGUGUUUUGAAUUAAUUGUGGACUUAGUUAAAGAGGAAUGGAUAUUUUAGUAAAGGGGCGUUGAAAGCGGACAUGUACAGAGCUGAGUGUUUGUGGAGCUGCAGGCCUGGGACAGCAGCAGCAGGGAGGAAGCUAAAGGCUAGCUCAAGGCUAGCAGCUAACAGGCUCUAAUCCCCGGAUGAAACUAUCAUGGCCGCCACUCGCUGAGCUGUCAAGCUCCCCACAAAAGAAAAAAAAAGAAACAAGAAGAAACAUGGAUAUUUGCACAGCCACCUCCACAGGCCACGCAAAACGGCGUGUCAACAAGAAGAAUAGAAGCUGGCAGAGACGGCUCCACCUCAGGAAAACUGUCGUUCAGCCCCCAGCUAUGCAAAGCCAAGAUAAGAAUGGACCAAAGAAGAUAGUGAAGAAGUGGGAGAGAACCAGCGUUUGGCCCCCAUCAAAGGAGGCCCCCCAGGAAGCCCGGCUGACAAAUGACGGGGGAAGUACCCUCAGGUUCCCCUGCUCUCAAUGCGAGGACAAAUCGGAAUAUGCACCCAAAGAUUUGGUGAGACACUUUGUGGAAAAACACAGAGGGAGUCUUCCAGUUUUCCCCUGUCAGAUGUGCACCUUUAGUGCCCAUGAAUUCUCCUUGCUCCAGGUUCAUCUUCUAAGCCACAAGGACACUUUUUCCAGCUGCAGCAUGUGCAACGACAACGUUCAGCGCACAUGGCCUGAGUAUAGUGCACAUUUGACCAUGUACCACUGCUCCGAAGGCAAGUAUUCAUGCGAAACUUGCAAAACAUUCUCCACAUGUGACUUUCGGGGGUUUCUAGAGCACAUAUAUAAACAUAAUUUCAACGUUGAAGAAGUGGUUGUGGAUAGUUCGCUGCAAAGAAACGACAAAAGUCGCCUUCCAGCCUCUCAGACUCAGUGUUGUCAGUUCUGCAGCUUUGAGGCUUCUGAGAAGUGGCUGAUUAACAAGCACAUUAAGACGUCCCAUGUUUGCCAGAAUGCCAAUCAGACGAAAGACGCGAGGCAAGUUUGUUCCGUGGCGAUGAAACCAAAUGAUCCAAUCCCGAGAGUAAAGACGAGGUUGACGAGAAGUGCAGUGAGGAACACGUGCUGGCUGACACAGGACUACAUUUCUUUCCCCGGAAAAGAGUUUCUGGAUAAAUACUGCCACCUGUCUGAUCCGCAAACCACAUUGGAAGAGACUCAGCAGUUUUUGAUGCAAUCUGUUGCCGGGGAAACCGACGACCAGAAGUGGACCAAAGCUCUCAAAUCCGUUCUGUCGAGCGUUCCUCAGAAAAACUCAGAAAACGGCAUCACACCAAACACGUCGGAUCUGGCUGUCCUCACAGUCAAAAACAAGAUAACAGUGGCCCAGAAUGGCGCUGCUUAUCCUAAAAGGUUGAAAAUGACCUCCACGGAUAAGGAAGCCGUCUGUACCGACAGCGCUGAUGGCAGCUCUCUGUGUGCAAGUAGCCAGAAUGGAUUUGAUCUCAAUGUAAAAAAUCAGGCUGAAAUAAAACCCUGCAAUGACUUCUCAUCGUGUGACACUGGAAAACAGGAAAACAGAGAGAACCAUGAAGUAAAGACCCAUUUAGAAAUCCAGGAAAACGGGCAAGAACUGGAAAAACCCGCCGAGAUCGAGGGGAUCUUCACGUCGAGUGAUUUAAAGUUAGCAAACGAGAGUGAAGAGAAGACAUCUGUAGGUAGAGCCUCAACGAAAAGGAAGACGCAAAAACGUCGAUGCAGAAGAAAGGCUCGAUUUAGAAAAGUGCAGAGAAAAUCACAAGGGGAGGCCUUAAAGAUAGUCAUAAAGAAGAAUCAGGUGAAGGGGAGGCAGUGGGUGUCUCAAAGCUCUUUGUCUCCCAAGGAAGAAGUGGAGUUGGGUCACAAUUUGGAGCUACCUAAUCCUCACCUGGUGGAAAAAGUCCAACCGAUGCACCAUCCUGACCAAAACUGCAUCGAUGGUUCCCUGGCAGCGUCUCCUCACGUGUCUAAGAAAAGUGAAAACUGUGAAUCUUUUCAGCGCAAGGGGGCUGAAGAUGUUACUGAAAACAAAUGUGACCCGCUUGUAUACGUUCCGUCAAUACAUGAAGAGACUGAGGAAAACGUGGAGAAGUCGGGGGAUUUCACCGAUCAAAACGGGUCUGGUGAGGAGACGCGCCGCUUAAAACGAGUGGCUCCAUCAUUGACUGAAGAGGGGACGCCUAAAGAUCUACAGCUGCAGAAAUCACUUCAGAAGGAUGAUCCUAAAGUGACGGAGAAGAGGAGUCCUAAUGCUGUCCUCCUGCAUGGAACGUUGCAUUCUGUACAUUCCUGCCAUGAAGCAGAGCAGCAGGAUCAGACUGAUGAAGGGUUAAGAAACGUCGCGGCGUCAGCAGAUCUCAUCGGUGUCAUCCGGUCUUGUCAAAGUAAGACGAGCGUAGACGAGUCCUCACCAGCUGAGAGACGUCACUGGCGGCAGGUCCCAAAGCACCAGCCCAGAACCUUGAAGUUAGUCGCCAUAAAUCCCUCCCAGGCGGUAAAGCGUCCGGCUGGAGACCAGCCCGUCGUGGUGCUGAACCACCCAGAUGCCGACAUCCCGCAGGUGGCCCGCAUCAUGGAGGUGGUGAACAAGUACAGGGAGGUGCGGAAAGUCCUGCUCUCCCGCCGGACCCUGAUGGCUCUCUCUGCUGCGAGCGGCGAGGCUUCGGAUACGGACGUCCUGAUCGAAGAUCAGGGGGAGAACUCUGUACAGGAGAGGUUCCCCCUGAGGCUGAAAUUCCGCCGACUGAGCAGGAAGAAGUACGAAGUUGUGGGCUUGGCCUCCCCCGGCCGGGAAGCCUCCGCAAAGUUCUCCUGCUGGUUCUGCGGCCGAGUCUUCACGAGCCAGGAGCAGAUGAUGGUCCACCGGCAGCGGCAUCUGAUGGAGUGGAAGAAGCCAAACUGUGAAAAGUCUUAAACGUCACACACACUGGAUGGAAAAAAAAAUAAUCUGGAAAAAAAAAUGUUAUAGACUUUUAUUAGGUCUUAUGAUUUGUUGAUUUAUUUGUAUAAAUUGCUGAGGCUUCCUGGAAGGUUUACAUUCUCAGGGUAAAUAGUUACCUUUUGUUUCUCUUCCAGUACGGCUCAAUAUAAAAUGUUUUGAUCAGUAAUUAUUCGUUGGGUGUGAACAAUUGUUUUUCUUUGUCUUGUCUCCAAGGCUUUAUUUAAGAUGAUUUAGGUACACUGUCAUGUGGAAUAUUUUAUAUAAAAGAAAAACACUGUAAUCUGUUAAUUUGCCAUACCAACUGUUCCUCGGAGCAGGUUACGUACGGGUAGGCUCUGCAGUGUGGUAGCUGUCAUAUUUAUGUUAUUGGAGGCAGAGAGCUGUAAGUUACUCAUAUACCAAAUAUGUGUAUAAAAACAAACAAAAAAAAGUACAAUAAGCUGUUUUAUCCGACAUUUAUUUAUCCUGCUUAGAUUUAGUCUUUUUAAUGCUUCUUUUAUGCAUUAUUUUUGGACAUCAAAGGAAUCAUUGUAUUUCUAAAUUCUUUUGUAUAAACUUUAAAUCUUGUUCAGAAAAUAUAUUAUUUACUGUGAGAGUUCUAUAUUUGACAUGCAUGUAUGAUGUGGAUGUUAAUAUCCCUGAUAGUGAGACUAUUUUUACUUUUUUCCUGAUGUCAAAUUUGACAAAAACAAAAGAUUUAUCAAAUUAGAUAAUUAUUUUUUUUUUUUUCCCUCAGAGGAUUUGAGGUUUCAUUGCUUUGGACUUGAAAUGAUGCUAAUCAUUGAAUUGCACUAUAAAAGGUGGAUUUAUUUUUUUGUCCCCUGUUACCUCACCUUAUUGGGCCUUAGCCUUUGACAAUCUCAAAUCGGUGUCCUGCUGUGACCUCUAGGUUUCCCUAAUGUAGCCACUCCCCCUUUUUAAAUGGGAAAUGUGUGCAAAGAUCCCCUUUUUCAGAGGGUCAUCAAUGAUUAAGAAAUAAAGUUGUACAUAGUCCUGCUAGAGGUACUGUAGAAAGAAAAAUGAACCUGAGAAUACUCACCAAGUGCCUGGUAAUUACUAUGCAAUAAAUCUGCAUGGGCGUGAUAGCAUUACUUAUUGAAUAAUUAACGAAACGUGCUUUUGUUUCCCGUUUUUGAAUGAUGAAAUAAGAAAUUUUUAUUUAAACAAAAAUGUACAAUCAUUGUUAAAAUAAAAAGUCAACCUUCUCCUUUGCUGCAGCAACACUGUGUCAUUCCUCAAUAUCGAUGGAUUGUUUCCUGACUGAGAAUUUAACAAAAAUCCUAAUAAAAUAUGAGU